AACUGUAAAAUUCGGAAUCAUUCCAACUCGUAAUAAUGAUACAGCAAACUAAUCAGAUGAAAUUCUGAUUCUGCCCAUGAAUCCAGACUUGCUGAAAUGAAGUGAAAACGGAAAGGAAUAGACAUUUGAAUAGAUAAUAAAGGGUUCAUUGCAUUCUAAAUUCUUGCUUAUUUCAGUCAAAAUUAAAAUUACUGGUUUUGGAAUGUGAAUUUUCAAAUAUGAAUUAUUCAAAAAUCUCCAUUGCAGGCAGUUCAACGACGAUGAACUUCUCAUUUGAUAUUGCGUCAACAAAAAUCAGUUCGAAAAAUUGUAGUUGCAUCUUUGAACGCCUUCGAAGUUACUCUCAAGUCUCUGACGAUCCACUUUUUCUCACUGGUCUCGUUUUAUUAUUUAUUGGAUUAUUUCUUGGAUUAUUAAUAAUAAUCAUUAGGAAACUAAAGUCCCCAUCUAAAAUGAACAGUGUCUUCAUCGUUAUAACCAUGAUAAUUAUGACUGUUGGUUUAGGAUUACUAAUUUCUUGUGAAAAAUGGUACGAAAUAACAAUUUCUCUACCUGCGGCUACCGGGUUAACCAUCGUGGCCAUUCUAAUGGGUAUAAGGUUAAAAAAUAUAGAAAAGAAAUUCAAGAUGAUCUUGUUAACGAUAUUUUGUGUAGCUACAGUAAUUGGAUUGAUUCUCUUUCUUAUCGGGUUGAUAUUAGAAGACCAUGUUUUACAAAGUGAUGCCUGGAUUUGUUGGUGCUGCGUUGCGUUUAUUGGGAUUAUAUUCGCAACAGAUUAUCUGCACAUACACCGUGGACAGUUUUCUAAAAUCUACGUUAUAUUCGUAUUGUUUUAUGAAUGUUUUUUGCUUAACAUCACUUCAGAUUUUUUUGUUAGUUUACUGUUCGAUUGUAAUUGGACCAGUGUGAACAAUUUAUUAAAUCCCGAACCACAACAACUGAAUAAAACAAUCAUUAGACAUGAUGAACGGAUACUAUUUGUUUGAAUUUCCUAAUCAGUUUACAGAUAUCUUGAAGAUCAUUGUAAACUACUUUGUUAUUUAUAAUUUAUGUUCUGUUAUUAAGACGUUUGCCUGAUUGAUUAAACUUUUGGAUUGUGAAUAUUCUAAUAAAAUGCUGAUAGACACUGAAACACAUUCCAAUUGUAUUUGAAAUUCAAACAAACCAAAUUGACUGGAAUGUUUUGUUCAAAGAUCGUAUUUUCCAACUACACACAUGUCAUGACUAUGACACCUCGUAUAACUUGAACACUAGAACGCUUGAUCUGUACCAAGUUGAAAUGAAUAGACAAAAUACUUGACAAAACAAUUUUAUUCCAGACGGUGUCGACAAAUCUAGUGGUUUCACUAUUGUUUCUCGAUAUCAUUCCCAUCUUCAAAAUACAAAUCAUACAAGUUAA